GUGAUACGUGAAAAGAAGAAAAAACAUUUGUGGUCCGUUCAAAUAAUGAAUGAACUUUUGAAGCGAUUCUCUAUGUAUGAGUAUGAUAAUAUCCAAGUGACAACAGACCCAUGGGACCAACUGAUAGACCAAGAUCAACGGAUACAUGAGGAAGAACGGAAGGUGGAGAUGGAGAAGACGGAGGCAGUGAUAAUAACAGCAGCAAAGAAUGGGGUAACAGAAAUGGUAGAUAAAAUCCUGGAAAUGUUUCCGACGGCUAUUCAUGAGUUGGAUUCUGAAGGGAAAAACAUAGUGCUAUUAGCCAUAGAGAAUAGGCAUAUCCACUUGUAUCAGCUCCUUCUCAAGAGAAAUAUGGUGAAGGACAGCCUACUGGCAAAAUUGGAUUACCGAGGAAACACUGCCCUGCACUUGGCAGCCAAGUUGGGAGCUCCAGGCUAUACUGAUCUCUCUCGCCGCAAUCCCAUCGCCGCGCUGCAAAUGCACUGGGAAAUCAAAUGGUACAAGUUUAUUUUAAGAUCCGGGCCGCCACGCUUCUUUCUUAGAUACAACAAUGCUAAGCAAACUCCAGCACAGAUCUUCGCCGAAACUCACCGGGAGCUUGGCUGGGUAGGUUGUGACUGGCUGCAGAUAACCUCUGGAUCUUGCUCCCUUUUGGCAUCGCUGAUUGCCACGGUGGCCUUUGCCACUUCUACCACCGUUCCGGGUGGUGUUGGCGAUGGAGAGGAUGCUGGAAUUCCAAACUUUAUAGACAGGACAGCGUACAAGGUCUUUUCCAUCUCAUCACUCAUUGCUCUUGGCAGUUCUAUCAACUCACUCGUCUUGUUCCUCUCAAUACUUGCAUCUCGAUGUCAUCCUUCUGAUUUCGAAAAGAGUCUGCCCAGGAAACUUAUCUUGGGUUUGACAUCCAUGUUCUUGUCCAUUAUUUCCAUGCUGGCUUCUUUUUGUGCUGCCCAUUUCCUUGGAACCAGCAGCAAACUCAGGAAUAUUACUGUUCCUAUAUAUGCCCUGUCAUGUCUUCCUCUGACAUAUUUUGCCUUGUCUCACUUUCCACUAUACAUCAAACUUUUCUGGUCUACCAUUCAUGACGAACCACAGGAUACGUUCGACUACGCUCCACUUUAGUUGUGAACAAGUGUGCCCUCAAUCUACCAAGCUUUAGCCCUUCAUGGUUCAUGUUCCUGUUUCAAGCUUUAAGAAUUAAGAUCAUAUGAUAUAAUCAGUGAAUAAACUUCAUACCUUGCACUUUUGCUUAGUAAGAAACUACUGAUC